UCUCCUGUGUUCACUUUUUAGACAUUUUAUAACUCAAAUGUGAGCCAGAGAGAGAAAGAUAAAAGUUAGCAGCAUUUUUAUUUUAAUGUAUUUCAAGCCAUGGGGGGUGAGGUGGGGGUGGGGGUGAGUAUGGAGGUUGGAGAAGUUGAGAAAAUAACAAAAUAUUUGAUUUUUACUCACUCUAGCCUUAUCCUUAGAUAGCUUCAACAUUAGAGUUUACUCAGUGUUUUUCUGAGGAAUUAAUCGUCUGAAGGUUUGCUGUUUUAUGAUGAGUUUGGAGAACUGUGGGGACUGCAUGAAAGUAGUUUACUAAGCACAUUCAUCACUGGAUGUAAUUUCCACGGUGUAAUGCUUUUUUAUGUGUUUAUUAUAUAUGAAAUGUGUAUGUAAUGACAUUUAUUAAGUCAAUCAUUUUUAUAGAAUACUUAGGGCAAAAAUGGUGCUCCCCAGAUGUCAUGAUGUAAAGCAGGCAAGGAACAUACAUUCAGGUAAGAACCAGCAGCUUCUGUUUUUAGUGCUCUGAAAAAACUUACUUCUACAACCAAGAGUUGGGUUAGGUGCAUUCUAGGAUUGUUUCAGAGAAAAUCGUGUAGAUAUUUAUCUUUUUAAAAGAUAGAGGAUUUUUUUUUAAUAAGAUUGUAAAACCUCUGCCCAUAGUAUUUUUUUAUCCAUGGUUUUGUCAGUUAAUUCUGAAUCUAAAUGCUGAAGGGCUAUUAAGCAUAUAAUUUUUUUUUUUUUUUUAAGAGACAGAGGUAAAACUUGUCAUUUGUGUUGGGGAGACAAAUGUAAAUAAAUAAUUAUAGCUUUGUGUAAAAGGCUCAAAUUGAGGUAUGUAAGAAGUACUGUGGGAGUUAAAACUUUUAAAUUUAUUUUCUAUAUCAAGGGGAUGAUGAGUGGGCUUGCUUCCCUCCUGCCUUUGUCCCUUUUACUGUAUGUAGUUCUGUUCGUUCAUUCAGUAACAAGUUGGGCCUUUGUCAUACCUUGACUAAUUGUUGAACUUAUAUGUUUUUAUUAACAAACAGCAAUGUGAUGUGAAAAAGUACUGGAAAAAAUCCAAUCUGCCUGUGUGACUUUGGGGUGGUUAUUUAACUUUGUUGGAUUUCAGUUUUUCAGUCUUAAUUUUUCAAAUUUGUGAUAACAGAUAAGAAUGUUGGGAGUGUUAGGUAAACUAAGUGAAAAUAUUUUGAAAUUUUAAAAGGAUCAUGUUCAGUUUUAGAACAUCCUGUUGCCGUCUAGUCGAAACAUAUUGGCUUGUAACUUGUCAGAAAUGAGCUGUCUUGCUGUUUUUCUUUUUGCAGAUGCUGCACUUUAAAAAGGAUGCUUGUUGUGAUCCCCUGCUCAGUGUUUUCCUGACAUGAGAAGAAACCAAUUAAAGAGAAGAAGAGUUUCCUCCUGGUUAUCUGAAAUAUAAAUUAUCCACAUCUGUGACAAACUAUUCAGUUUCUCCCCUCUUCCUUCAGAAAAGAGUCUUUGACAGCCAGCUGGUUUAGGGCUUUCCUGGUGCCUACAAAAGGAAGGAUACUAUAUAACCUAACUAGAUGGACUGCCUAUGGAUACUAUGGGUAAUUACUGAGACUAGUGAUUUUGUAAGUGGACGAUUUAUAUGGAUAUUUGUUAAAUUUGAAAUGUGGGCACAUAAUCAAAGUGGGCAUUAGCAGCACAUAUAUUAAAUGGAAUUUUGUAAUUUAAAAAUAUCAGUUCAUCUUUCUUGAAAAACAUAAUGAAAAGGGAGAAAAUUCAUCUAUAACCUAUUUUUUUUUUUGUUAAAUUUAACUAUGGAAAAUUUCGGGAAACUGGUUUCCUUAAUAUGCUGUUCAGCCAAAAGUUUUGGAAGAUCUCCAUCAAGAAAACAGAAUUAUUCAUCAAAAAGUGAAAACUGUGGGGAAGAAACUUUUGAAGAUUUACUUUUGAAGUAUAAGCAAAUACAGUUGGAACUUGAAUGCAUCAAUAAGGAUGAAAAAUUAGCUUUGAGUAGCAAAGAAGAGAAUGUACAGGAAGACUCUAAAACGUUGAACUUUGAGGACCAAACUAGCACUGAUAAUGUCAGUAUUACAAAGGACUCAAGUAAAGAAGUAGCUCCUGAGGAGAAAACGCAGGUCAAAACUUUUCAGGCAUUUGAAUUGAAACCACUCAGGCAAAAAUUGACUUUACCAGGAGAUAAGAACCGGUUGAAGAAAGUUAAAGAUGGAACAAAACCGCUUUCCCUGAAAUCUGACCCUACUGAAUCUAGUCAAGGAUUAGAAGAUAAAGAACAAAAUUUAACAAGAAGAGUUAGUACUUCAGAUAUUCUGUCUGAAAAGAAACUUGGGGAAGAUGAAGAGGAACUAUCUGAAUUACAGCUUCGUCUUUUGGCUCUUCAGUCAGCUAGUAAAAAAUGGCAACAAAAAGAACAGCAGGUGAUGAAGGAAAGCAAAGAAAAGUUGACUAAGACGAAAACCGUACAGCAAAAAGUUAAAACCAGUACAAAAACACAUUCGGCCAAAAAAGUUAGCGCUACAGCUAAGCAAGCCUUGCGGAAGCAGCAAACAAAGGCGUGGAAGAAAUUACAGCAACAAAAAGAACAGGAAAGACAGAAAGAAGAGGAUCAGAGGAAACAAGCUGAAGAAGAAGAGAGAAGGAAAAGAGAAGAAGAAAUCAGAAAAAUUCGAGAUCUCUCAAAUCAGGAAGAACAGUACAAUCGAUUCAUGAAACUGGUCGGUGGAAAGAGGCGAUCAGGAAGUAAAUCUUCAGAUCCUGACCUGAGGCGAUCCUUAGAUAAGCAGCCUACUGAUAGUGGAGGAGGCAUUUAUCAAUAUGAUAACUAUGAAGAAGUUGCUAUGGAUACAGAUAGUGAAACCAGUUCUCCAGUUCCUUCACCGGUGCAACCACCAUUUUUUUCUGAAUGUUCAUUGGGGUAUUUUUCUUCAGCAUCAUCUAUUUCUUUGCCUCCACCACCUCAGGUUUCUUCUGUGCCACCUCUGAGCCAGCCUUAUGUGGAAGGCUUGUGUGUUUCUCUUGAACCUCUACCUCCUCCACCACCUCUACCACCUCUCCCACCGGAAGAUCCAGAACAGCCUCCAAAACCACCUUUUGCAGACGAGGAAGAGGAGGAAGAAAUGCUGCUUCGAGAAGAGCUACUUAAAUCUCUAGCAAAUAAAAGAGCUUUUAAGCCAGAGGAAACAUCUAGUAAUAGUGACCCACCUUCACCUCCAGUUCUGAACAAUUCACAGCCUGUGCCAAGAAGCAAUUUAACAAUAGUCAGUAUUAAUACAGUAUCUCAGCCUAGGGUACAGAAUCCAAAGUUUCACAGAGGACCUCGUCUUCCACGAACUGUGAUCUCGCUUCCAAAACAUAAAUCAGUGGUUGUAACACUAAAUGACUCAGAUGAUAGUGAAUCUGAUGGAGACGCUUCCAAGUCAACAAAUAGUGUUUUUGGUGGAUUAGAGUCCAUGAUUAAAGAAGCAAGGCGAACUGCUGAGCAAGCUUCAAAACCAAAAGUACCUCCAAAAUCUGAAAAAGAAAACGAUCCUAUGCGAACACCUGAAGCUUUGCCUGAAGAAAAGAAAAUUGAAUACAGAUUGUUAAAAGAAGAGAUUGCCAAUCGUGAGAAACAGCGUUUGGUUAAAUCAGAUCAGCUGAAGACGAAUUCAUCAUCCCCAGCAAAUUCUGAUGUGGAAAUUGAUGGGAUUGGCAGAAUAGCAAUGGUUACAAAGCAGGUUACAGACGCAGAAGCAAAACUUAAAAAACAUAGGAUUCUGUUGAUGAAAGAUGAAUCAGUUUUAAAAAAUCUAGUGCAGCAAGAAGCUAAGAAGAAAGAAUCUGUUCGAAAUGCUGAAACAAAGAUUACAAAACUUACUGAACAGCUUCAAGCAACUGAAAAAAUUCUUAGUGUCAACAGAAUGUUUUUGAAGAAGCUUCAGGAACAAAUUCACAAAGUUCAGCAACGUGUUACAAUUAAGAAAGCUUUGACUCUAAAGUAUGGAGAAGAGCUUGCUCGUGCCAAGGCAGUGGCUAGUAAAGAAAUAGGAAAGCGUAAGCUGGAACAAGAUCGCCUUGGACCAAACAAAAUGAUGAGACUGGACAGUUCUCCAAUUUCAAGCCCCAGAAAGCAUUCAGCAGAACUAAUUGCUAUGGAAAAAAGACGAUUACAAAAGCUAGAAUAUGAGUAUGCCCUGAAAAUUCAGAAAUUAAAAGAAGCCCGUGCCCUUAAAGCAAAAGAACAACAAAAUACUGCUACAGUUGUGGAAGAGGAAUCAGAAUUUUCUUUACCUCAACCCUCACUUCAUGAUCUGACUCAAGAUAAAUUAACCCUGGACACUGAGGAAAAUGAUGUUGAUGAUGAAAUUUUGUCUGGUACAAACAGAGAACGAAGAAGAUCCUUCUUAGAAUCCAGUUCUUUUACUAAACCUAACCUUAAACACACUGACACACCUAACAAAGAAUGCAUAAACAAACCUACUAAAAAUAGUUUAGAAAAACCAGAACUUUUUCUAGGGUUAAAAAUUGGUGAACUGCAAAAACUAUAUUCGAAAGCUGACAGCUUAAAACAGUUGAUUUUAAAAACUACCACAGGCAUUACAGAAGACGUUUUCCAUGGUCAGGAGAUUGCCGUGGAUGUGGAUUUUGUCACAGCACAGAGUAAAACAACAGAAGUGAAGCCAUGUCCAUUUAGACCCUACCAUAGUCCUCUUCUAGUUUUUAAAUCCUACAGGUAUAAAAGAAAGAUUCAAUUUAGUCCUUAUUACCGAACCAAGGAAAAACUUCCCCUGAGCUCAGUAUCGUACAGUAAUAUGAUUGAACCAGAUCAGUGUUUCUGUCGCUUUGAUUUAACAGGAACAUGUAAUGAUGAUGAUUGUCAGUGGCAGCAUACAAAAGACUAUACGCUUAGCCGAAAGCAGCUAUUCCAGGACGUUCUGUCAUAUAAUUUGUCUUUGAUUGGUUGUUCAGAAUCAAGCACUGAUGAAGAAAUUGCUGCUGCAGCAGAAAAAUACGUUGAGAAACUUUUUGGAGUAAACAAAGAUCGAAUGUCAAUGGACCAGAUGGCUGUCCUUCUUGUUAGCAAUGUCAAUGAAAGUAAAGGUCAUACACCUCCACAUACAACCUACAAAGAUAAAAGAAAGUGGAAGCCAAAGUUUUGGAGAAAGCCUAUUUCAGAGAAUAACUUCAGUAGUGAUGAGGAACAGUCUACUGGACCAAUUAAGUACGCCUUCCAGCCAGAGAGCCGAAUAAAUGUUCCAGCUUUGGAUACAGUUGUCACUCCAGAUGAUGUCAGAUACUUUACAAAUGAGACUGAUGACAUUGCUAAUUUAGAAGCAAGUGUGCUUGAAAAUCCUUCUCAUGUACAACUUUGGCUCAAGCUUGCGUACAAGUACUUGAAUCAAAAUGAGGGGCUAUGUUCAGAAUCCUUGGAUUCUGCUUUAAAUGUUCUGGCCCGAGCAUUGGAAAACAACAAAGACAAUCCAGAAAUUUGGUGCCAUUACCUCAGAUUGUUCUCAAAAAGAGGAACCAAGGAGGAAGUCCAAGAAAUGUGUGAAACAGCUGUUGAAUAUGCUCCCGAUUAUCGAAGUUUUUGGACUUUUCUGCAUCUAGAAAGCACUUUUGAAGAAAAGGAUUACGUAUGUGAGAGGAUGAUGGAGUUUCUGAUGGGAGCAACCAAACAGGAAACAUCAGAUACUCUGUCCUUUCAGCUCUUAGAGGCUCUUUUGUUCAGAGUUCAGCUGAACAUAUUUACUGGAAGAUGCCAAAAUGCACUUGCAAUUUUACAGAAUGCUUUGAAAUCUGCUAAUGAUAGAAUAGUAGCUGAAUACCUUAAAACAAGUGAUCGAUGUUUGGCAUGGCUAGCCUACAUACAUCUUAUCGAAUUCAACAUUCUUCCUCCAAAAUUGUAUGAUCCAUCUAAUGCCAAUCCUUCAAGAAUUGUUAACACAGAACCAUUUGUAAUGCCGUGGCAUGCAGUUCAAGAUGUAAAGACUAAUCCUGACAUGUUGUUAGCAGUUUUUGAAGAUGGGGUGAAAGCUUGUACAGAUGAGAGCCUUACUGUUGAGGAAAGAACAGAGGUCUGUCUUCCACUUUAUACAAACAUGAUUGCUCUGCACCAGCUUCUAGAGAGGUAUGAAGAUGCAAUAAAACUUUGUAAAUGUUUAUUGGAAUCUUGUCCCGUGAACUGUCAGUUGUUGGAAACCCUUGUUGCUUUAUACUUGCAAACAAAUCAGCAGGACAAAGCCAGGGCAGUGUGGCUUACUGCAUUUGAAAAAAAUCCUCAGAAUGCAGAAGUUUUUUAUCAUAUGUGCAAAUUGUUCAUCUUGCAGAAUCGAGGCGAUAAUCUUCUUCCAUUUUUACGGAAAUUUAUUGCAUCCUUCUUUAAACCUGAGUUUGAGAACUAUAGUAACUUGGAUCUGUUUCGGUAUCUCUUAAAUAUCCCAGGACCACUUGACAUUCCAGCCCAUUUAUGUAAAGAGAAUUUUAAUGAUGAAAUGUUUAACCACCAAAUCCCUUACUUGUGGCUGAUUUACUGCCUUUGUCAUCCUCUUCAAUCAAGUAUUAAAGAGACAGGGGAGGCUUAUGAGGCAGCAUUAGGGGUGGCCAUGAGAUCUGAUAUAGUACAGAAGAUUUGGAUGGAUUAUCUUACCUUUGCCAAUAAUAGAGCUGCUGGAUCCAGAAACAAAGUCCAAGAAUUCAAAAUUUUUACUGAUUUAGUGAAUAGAUGUUUGAUUACAGUCCCUGCCCGAUAUCCCAUUCCUUUUAGCAGUGCUGAUUAUUGGUCCAACUAUGAAUUUCAUAAUAGGGUUAUUUUCUUUUAUUUGAGCUGUGUUCCAAAGACCCAGCAUUCAAAAACCUUGGAACGGUUUUGCUCAAUUAUGCCAACUAAUUCUGGACUUGCGCUGAGGCUACUUCAACAUGAAUGGGAAGAGAGCAAUGUUCAGAUUCUGAAACUUCAAGCCAAGAUGUUUACAUAUAAUAUCCCAACAUGCCUGGCCACCUGGAAAAUAGCCAUUGCUGCUGAGAUUGUUCUAAAGGGACAAAGAGAGGUCCACCGUUUAUAUCAGAGAGCCUUACAGAAGUUACCUCUUUGUGCAUCACUGUGGAAAGAUCAACUCUUGUUUGAAGCAUCAGAAGGAGGUAAAACUGAUAACCUGAGAAAACUAGUUUCCAAGUGCCAAGAGAUUGGAGUCAGCCUAAAUGAGCUCUUAAAUUUAAACAGUAACAAAACAGAAAGCAAGAAUCACUGAACACUGGGUACAGUCAGUUCUAAGUCCUUAUAAUAAUUGCCAAAGUUAUUUGAAUGAUCCUUCAAGAUUAGGCUGAUCCCUGGCUAAGGUCUGUGUAAGGCAGACAAACAUUGAUCAUAUCAAGUCCCCUACAAUAUUCUAUCCUCAAAACCGGAAGCAAUGAACAUAACCUUCUUCAGUUGGAUAAAUGAACUUCCUGUUUGGCCUGCUUCUGGGCCCAGCCAGAUUCUCAUAACAUCAUGUACGUAAGUAUAGUUCCUCAAAGUGACUGACAUUUAUUUUCAUUUUGUUUUCGUUUUUAUUUUAUACUUUUCGCCCUUUAUGUUGUACUAUUCCUGAUUCACUUGACACUCUCUGAUGCCUGAGAGAUUCUUGUUUGGGGUUUAAUUUCUAGGGCUGUGUUUACAGUAAAAAGCCAGGCAGUCCCUUUUGAUUCUUCCUUUUUAAAUCUUUUGAGAUUCUUUAUUUCAGGAUUUAAAACUUUUAAGCAGUCCAUCUUAAGGAAAGUGUAACUGCCAAGGCCACAAGUCUGCUAGUUGCACUUGAAUUGCUCUAACAGGGUUGUUUAUUGCCCUUUCUACGUUCUGGACUCCUUGCUGAGACUGUUUAACUUGAAGAUAAAAGAAACUAUUGCAAAUGCCAGUGCAUCAGAACCUAAGAGUGGUCAAAUAUUAUGUGCAAUUUUUUUGUAAAGAAAUUUUAAUUUAUAAUAAAGUUUAACAGUUUAAAGAACAGUUAAUAUUUGAACUGCUUUGUAUUGAAAUACUACUUUGUAGUAUUAAAAUUGUUUAUAUACAAAAUAUUUUGACUAUAAGCUAACUUUUUUUUUUUAAAUGUUGCUGUCUUUAUUCACUUUUCACACUGGUGGGAAAGGGUUGAAAUAGAAAGUAUGGUUAGUCACCAUAACUAUAUCAGUAUUUGCUUACACUGAACCUACUUUCAUAUAAAGAAAACUUCAGUGAAUUUUAUUAUAAUUGUGAUAAAAUAUACAUAACCAAACAUUUACCAGUUCAGUUUUUGCAUGUGUUGUUCAGUGGCAUGAUUAUAUUCUUCUUCUUGUGCAACCAUUAUCACUAUUCUUUUCCAAAAUACUCCCCGACCAUUCAGUGACUUUUUAAUUCUUGAGAAGGUAGGUCUUAUUCUGUUUUGAGGACAGUGAACAGUUAGGUUUACAUUACCAUUAAAUUCCUUAUUCUCAAAACCACAGUCUUUAGAAGGUGCCUUCCAACUGUAGUUUGAAUGGUUUGCUUAGUGACAUGCUGUGGUAUGAACGUAUCAAGAUGACCAAAUAUAAAGGAGACCUUGCUUUUUUUUUGUUUGUUUUUUUUGUUUUGUUUUCUCUUCUUUAAUCUAUAUUGGGCUGUUUGCACUUGGCAGAAAAAAUUGUCAAUGACACACAUACUGCCACAAAUCUGGUCUUAAAGACAUGCAAUCUGAUAAUGAAGGCAGAGGAGCAGGCCUAUGAAAUGGUAGACAAACUUGUACAUCUUUACAAGAGUACUUGGCAUUGGUAUAUGCAGGGUUUCACUCAGGUGGUGCAUACAACUCCAGGGGUACAGCCAUGCAGGCUGUACACCGUAACAAUUCCAGGGGUCACCAUUCACAUGUCUCCUGUGGUCAUACAGGUAGGGGCCCUAGCAUAUGUUGGGUAGCUGCUUCCUUUUUGAUCAGUUGUCAUAUUGCUGUUUAAAAUCAUGAAGCUGUCUUAUAAAAGUUACGUGCCUUAAAGAUUCCCUCUUAGGUCACCUUUUCUUCCUCUGUAUUUACAAACUAACCUCCACAUAAAAAUAGCAAACACUGCUUAAGAGCUAGUUAUAUGCUCCUGACAUCUUUCCAUAUUCAGUUUUACUUGUUUUUAAUGAAGUGCUUUUCAGCAGGUAAUAGUUAAAAUAUUAAACAAAACUUUGGGUUAAAGCUGAUACGGUUAUUACCGUAACAUGAAUAUAAUAUUGUACUGAUUAACUAAAAUUUUACUUUGGACAGAGUACUGUCAUAUGGUGGGAAAAGCCUAGUCAUGGAGAACUGUGAUUCCUCACACCACCACUUCCACCAUCCCGGGACGGGGGGCGGGGGCGGAAACACAACAAAAGAGGCUUUUUAUCUCUGAUAAAGGAAUUGGAGUGGCAGAUUGCAGUGUAUAUUUAUGUUUUUUUGUUCAUUUUAGAGAACAUAGCCUAAUAUUUCUAUUUGCCUUUUAACGGAAAGUGGACCUUGUAACAUUGUUGUCCCUGAGUUAUCUAAGGCGGUUUGCUUUCAAUUAAAGAGCGUAUAAACCUGCAUCAUAAAGCAAGCAAGAAUCUCCAGGUGCAACAUCUAAGAGCUAAAAGCACUAAGCAGACAAGCAAAACAGGUGAUUAAGACAGACAACAAAUAUAGAGGGACUUUAUUGAAGAUUGUAGUUCAAAUAUUUAUUUUGUUCACGGCUGUUGAAAAAGUAGGAACAUGUGGUUAGAAUGUUCAAAGCAGAGCCAGUAUUCUUGGUUAAAGCUGUCAGGUGUUCACAGAAAAGUCAUAAUUUCCUUAAAUUUCCUUUUAUAUCUAUGUGUUAACAUUAGUGUGAGGUAACAAAAAAAAAAAAACAAACCCAUUGCUGUUGAGUUGAU